AGUUAUGGCCGCAACCACACACGAUUUUGAAAGCAGGUGGUGUCACUACUAGCGUGGAUUUAGUGAAAAUAUGGCUAAUUUUUCAAAGAGACACAUACAAAUCACAGGAGCUACUGCUCUGGCUGUCGUUAGCUUUUACAUUAUUAAGAAAUAUGGAGCCUCUGUGGGACGAAGGAUCUUGAACAAACUUCAACAUCACAGCAAAGCGAGACUGGCUUUGGUUAGCUCGAGUUCAAGAUCAAAAGUGAAGCAAAGGACCGCAGGCCUGGACUCUGUAUUCAUUUGUCAAGCAUGGAAGCUACUAAAGAUUCUUUUCCCUGGAAUUUGGACGAAACAAUUUGGAUUGUUAUUGCUUCAUUCAGUUUGCCUUUUCGUUAGGACUUUUCUAUCGAUCUACGUGGCAACUCUUGACGGCCGAAUAAUAAGAUCAGUGGUACAGAAAAAUGUCUUCAAAUUUGUUCUGUUACUGACUAAUUGGAUUGGCGUAGCCAUUCCAGCAACUUUUAUCAACAGCAUGAUUCGAUAUCUGGAGAGCAAACUUUCCCUAGCUUUCCGAACAGAGUUGGUCAAUUACGCUUACGAUAAAUAUUUCUCCAACCAAACAUACUAUCGCGUUGGAAACUUGGAUGGUCGACUAGCAAAUGCAGACGAGUGUUUGACAGAAGACAUACGCAUGUUUUGCAGUUCAGUCGCUCAUCUGUACUCUCAUCUCACCAAACCCUGCUUAGAUAUUUUUGUUAUUUGUUGGACCUUGGAUGGAAUGGCUAGAAAGAGAGGAACUUCGUGGAAGAUACCAGUCACCAUAGCUGCUGUGGUGAUUUAUCUUACAGCAGAGAUCUUGAGGAAGUUAAGUCCCCGGUUCGGUAAGAUUGUUGCUGAAGAGUCACAGCGGAGGGGACAGCUUAGAUUCCUUCACUCAAGAGUGAUCACAAAUGCUGAAGAAAUAGCCUUUUAUAGCGGCCACAAGGCUGAGCUGUCAUUACUGAAACAAAGUUUUCAAUCAUUGGCACAACAAAUGGAACUACUCUUUAGCAAACGUCUAUGGUUCAUCAUGCUGGAACAGUUCUUAAUGAAGUAUGUGUGGAGUGCAUCAGGCCUUGUUAUGGUUGGAUCAAGCAUAUUGACAGGAAAAGGGUCUAAAAAUGAACAACUGGGGCCAGCAGAUCAAGGUGUAAGUGAAAGAACUGAACAUGUAACAACAUCACGCUCACUAAUGGUAUCUGCUGCAGAUGCCAUAGAAAGGGUCAUGUCUUCAUACAAGGAGAUCAUAGAGCUGAGUGGUUACACAGCCAGAGUGUCAGAGAUGUUUGAAGUUUUUGAAGAUGUUCAACAGGGACACUGUGAACGGCAGAUUUUACGAGAGUUGACACAGGCUGAUGACUCCUUUCUUGAGGACAAGGAGCAAUGCAGUGUUGGGGUACAUGGUGAAGUUGUUGAUUUGAAUCAAAUGCCUGGUGGUGAAGUAGUAGAUACAGAGGGUAGUAUUGCUUUGAAAGAUGUGGCUAUCAUCACACCAUGCGGUGAUGUGGUCGUGUCAAACUUGUCUUUUGAGAUGGAACCAGGAAUGCAUUUGUUGAUAACAGGUCCAAAUGGUUGUGGUAAAAGCUCAUUAUUUCGUAUUCUUGGUGGUCUAUGGCCAGUUUACAAAGGAUUCCUAGCAAAACCUCCUCCAAGCCACAUGUUCUACAUACCUCAAAGACCCUACAUGCCUAUUGGUUCACUUCGUGGUCAGGUGAUUUACCCUCACACUGUAGAAGACAUGCAAGCCCAUGGCAUUACCGAUGAUGACUUAGAGACUAUUUUGGCCACAGUUCACCUGCAGCACAUUAUCAAAAGAGAAGGAGGGUGGGAUGUUAUCAAGGAAUGGAAGGAUGUCUUCUCAGGUGGAGAAAAACAGAGAAUGGGAAUGGCACGUCUCUUCUAUCACAAGCCACAGUUUGCUCUUCUUGAUGAGUGUACUAGUGCUGUGAGCAUCGAUGUAGAAGGGAGUAUUUUCCAAGCUGCUAAAGAUGAAGGAAUAAGUCUAUUGAGCAUCUCACACAGACCUUCGCUCUGGAAAUUUCACACACAUUUGCUUCAGUUUGAUGGAGAAGGUGGGUGGCGCUGGGAAAAACUGAACACUGCCACCAGACUUACACUAAAUGAAGAGAAACAGAAACUUGAAUCCCAGCUUGCAGGAGUUCCUAAGAUGCAGCAGAGAUUAAUGGAGCUGUGUUCUCUUCUUGGGGAGGACUCAGUUUUGUGUAUAAAGAAGUCAUAAAAAGAUGGCAAAAUACCUUAGCAACCUUAACUUCUUUAAUGAUGAUGUUUUUCUAGGUGAGCAUUAAGCUCCCAUUGCAACCAUUUCCCUUAUCCCAUUUUAUUAAAUUUGUUGUUUGCUAACAUUUUUCCAAAAGGACACAUUGAUAGUUAAUUUAUUUGGACACUGAAAUUAACUUAUUCUGAACUUAACCUUUGGGCAUAAAUUAUAGCAUGCACUUCCACUGGUACACUUAACAUAUAACUGUUAGUAAUCAUUGAUUUAAUAGCUCUGGAGAUUAUAUAUCUGAAUUAGUAUCUAAUUUUUCAAGGAUGGACCCAUCUUAGUUAUUUUACAAAGAAUUUGGAGGUGAGUUUAACCAUCCAAAGACAUAUCAAUCCAUUGUUUAAAUUAAUGAUCUUUUUAAAAAAGAAACAGAUGGAUUGAUUGAUGUCUCCUCUGAGUGCAGGAAAUAGUUAUUACAUUAUGAUCAUAAUUACAUUAACAUUUCAUUUAACUAUGUGUAUAUGGAAGCAUUUUGUGAUGGGACAGAGGUGCAUUGUAUUCCAAUUUUUUUAUCAAAAACUAUAGACUGAGCGUCAUGGGAAGGGCUUUCAAUCGUUUUAUCUGUCCAACACGGACAGGAGAUCAAACAUGGAGAUACUAGUCUAGGGAAGUAGGGCACUUAAGGGCGAAGUUGGCUGGCUUACACCUUACCUUUUUCUUUGGAUAAAUGGUUGGUGGAUUUUUUUCGAACCUCUGUAAGAAUUGUGGUCCACCAUUCGUAGUUUCUUGCAAGUUCCCAGACCUGAACGUUGCCCCGUAUCAAAGUUGGGAAUUGGAAUCGCGCUCAGCUUUCCAGAUCCAUGAAGUAGCUCGAAACCAAACUGCAAUAAAUUAACGUGCGUUUUAUUUACUGACGCGGAAGGAAUUCUCGCUAGAUAU